UUAAUUUAUUUACAGAAUUAACUGAAUACUACAUUCUCUUUGUUGGAGUUAUGGGAUUCAUUCAUUCUAGUGGUAGGUAUUUCCCAUGUAACCGAAAUAACCGCUCCACCAACAGCAAGCUCCUCCCCAUGAUUAAAACUGAUUUUUUAUAUAGUUUUUCUUUAGAGUAACCUCUGUUUCUUCCUCUACUGAUCAUCUCCGGUGUCAAUUCUUCAGGCAAUUUAUUUCUUCAUCAGCAUACAUAUCGACAACACCCAGAGAGAAGAUGAGAUGCAGGAGGACAUGCAGGUGACGGUGGCUUAAUUAGCCUCCUCUGCAUUCUUGUUACAGGAAUGGGGAAAAGGUCAUAUGAUGCCGGCAGAUUCAAGUUCUUGCAUGGCGACCUGGACAUCUGGAUCUUGGAAGCCAGAUCGCUUCCCAAUAUGGAUCUCAUGUCGGAGAGGAUGCGGAAAUGUUUCACCAUGUACGGAGCCUGCUCUGCGCCUCGCCGGCACUCGGAGAGCAACCACAGAGGAAUGAGCAAGAUGAUAACCAGCGACCCCUACGUCUCCGUCUGCGUCGCCGGAGCAACGAUAGCCCAGACCAGAGUGAUUCCCAACAGCGAAGACCCGAAAUGGGAAGAGCACUUCUGCGUGCCGGUCGCGCACCCCACCGACAAAAUUGAGUUCCAGGUGAAGGACAACGAUGUGUUCGGAGCCCAAAUGAUCGGCGUGGCGACGAUCCCCGUCGAGAGAAUCCUGUCAGGGGAGCCGCUUACUGGCUGGUUUCCUGUGAUCGAUCACAGCGGGGUGGCCACGAAGCCAUAUCCAGAUCUUCACCUGAGCCUGCAGUUCAAGAGCAUCGACGGCAACCCUUUGUACAGAGAUGGGAUCGGUGCAGGUCCAGAAUAUACCGGCGUGCCCAAUGCAUACUUCCCUCUCCAUAGACGGGGCCAAAUCACCCUUUACCAAGAUGCUCAUGUUCCGGACAACAUGCUUCCUGAGAUUGAAUUAGACAACGGCAAGUUCUUCGAGCACAGCAAGUGCUGGGAGGACACAUGCCAUGCGAUCGUGGAAGCUCAUCACUUCAUCUACAUAGUCGGAUGGUCAGUCUAUCACAGGGUGAAGCUGGUGAGGGAGCCAACGAGGCCGGUGCCGGCCAACGGCGGGGAGUUGACUCUCGGGGAGCUUUUGAAGUACAAGACACAGGAAGGGGUUCGCGUGGUGAUGCUGAUUUGGGACGACAAGACUUCGCACGACAAGUUUCUUCUGAAAACAGACGGUGUCAUGCACACGCACGAUGAAGAAACUCGCAAGUUCUUUAAGCAUUCAAGCGUGCAUUGUGUGUUGGCCCCUCGCUAUGCAAGCAACAAGCUAAGCAUUUUCAAGCAACAUGUCGUCGGAACUCUGUUCACGCAUCAUCAGAAAUGCGUUAUCAUGGACACCCAUGCCAAUGGAAACAACCGGAAAGUAACAGCUUUCAUCGGCGGACUUGAUCUAUGCGACGGUCGUUACGACACUCCUGAGCACAGGCUCUUCGCUGAUCUUGAUUCUGUUUUCCACAAAGAUAUCCACAACCCUACAUUUCAAGGCAAUAAUAACCAAGGGCCGAGGCAGCCGUGGCAUGAUUUACACUGUAAAGUCGAAGGCCCAGCGGCACAUGAUAUAUUGACGAAUUUUGAACAGAGGUGGAGAAAAGCUACGAAAUGGAGAGAUUUCAAGUUGAGAAAAGUGACACAUUGGAAUGAUGACGCCUUGAUUAAGAUCGAAAGGAUUUCAUGGAUUCUUUCUCCUUCUGCCUACCAGUCCGGUAGCCAAACUUCCACUGAAAAUGAUCCAGAGAAUUGGCACGUCCAGAUUUUCCGAUCAAUCGAUUCCGGGUCAGUGAAAGGCUUCCCAAAAGUGGUGCAGCAAGCAGAGGCAAUGAAUCUUGUCUGCGCGAAGAACUUGAAGAUAGACAAAAGCAUACACACUGCGUACGUCAAAGCAAUUCGAGCAGCACAGCACUUCAUCUACAUAGAGAACCAAUACUUCAUUGGCUCUUCCUACUUUUGGCCAUCCUACAAAAACGCAGGUGCUGACAAUUUGAUACCCAUGGAGCUGACCCUGAAAAUUGUGAGCAAAAUCAAGGCCAAAGAACGAUUUGCAGUCUAUGUGGUGGUGCCAAUGUGGCCCGAGGGAAUCCCCACCAGUGGCGCCGUGCAAGAAAUACUCUUCUGGCAGGGGCAAACAAUAUCGAUGAUGUACAAAGUCAUCGGAGAUGCCCUCAAAGAAGCUGGUCUCUCUGAAACCAAGCACCCUCAGGACUACUUAAACUUCUACUGUCUCGGCAAGUGCGAACCCCUUCUCCAACAAACGCAAUCAAGUAACACUAGUCAAGAAAACGCUCCUCAGCGUCUGUCUCAGAAAUUCCGUAGAUUCAUGAUUUAUGUUCAUUCAAAAGGAAUGAUCGUGGACGAUGAGGCCGUGAUCAUUGGAUCGGCAAACAUUAACCAAAGGUCCAUGGAGGGCUCCAGGGACACUGAGAUCGCAAUGGGUGCGUAUCAGCCACACUACAGUUGGGCCGCAAGGCAUGGCCAUCCUCGCGGACAGGUUUACGGGUACAGAAUGUCUCUUUGGGCGGAACACAUGGGCGUGGUGAGUGACUGCUUUCAGGAGCCGCAGAGCCUUGAGUGCGUCAGGCACGUCAACAGUCUUGCGCAGGAGAAUUGGAACUCUUACGCCGCGCCGGAGAUCAAGCGGAUGAAGGGGCACCUGCUGCAGUACCCGCUGGUGGUGGAGCCAGACGGGAGGGUCGGUCCCUUGCCCGGAUGCGAGAGCUUCCCCGACGUGGGCGGCAAGAUUCUGGGUGCCCAUUCCACUCUCCCUGAUGUGCUAACCACGUAGAAUUAAUGUGUAU